AUGGCGUCCCAGCAACCGAGGAGAUCGCGCCAGUCAACCCGUCCAGAAAUGUCCAUCGGCAGUUAUACACGACUCGAUGAGAUUGGGCGUGGUAGCUUCGCGACUGUUUAUCAAGGUGUUCAUACGAGAUCAAAAACAGUUGUAGCGAUCAAGUCUGUGAACUUGUCGAAGCUCAACAAAAAGCUCAAAGACAACCUUUCAUCCGAGAUCGAUAUCCUUAAACGCCUUCACCACCCGCAUAUCGUGGCACUGAUCGACUGCCAUGAGUCGACAUCCCACAUUCACCUUGUCAUGGAAUAUUGUGCAUUGGGGGAUCUGUCGCUGUUCAUCAAACGCCGGGACACUCUUGGUUCUCAUAAAUACACUAGGGAUAUGAUUGCCAAAUACCCGAACCCACCCGGCGCUUCGCUCAAUGAAGUAGUUACGCGGCAUUUCCUCAAGCAGCUGUCCAGUGCACUGAAAUUCCUUCGAGACCGAAACCUCAUUCAUCGAGAUAUCAAACCACAGAACCUCCUGCUGUGCCCGGCACCUUCAUCAUACCGGAGUGGGACUACACGGGUGAUUCCAUAUAAAGGCAGUGACGACUCUUUUGAACCCACGACCGGGCUCGAAACCCUGCCAAUGCUCAAAAUCGCAGAUUUUGGCUUCGCUCGAUCAUUACCCGCCACUUCAUUAGCGGAAACCCUUUGUGGAUCUCCGCUGUAUAUGGCACCCGAGAUUCUUCGGUAUGAGAAAUAUGAUGCCAAGGCCGACCUGUGGUCGGUUGGUACGGUGCUUUAUGAGAUGGUGGUGGGUCGUCCCCCAUUCCGGGCGACGAACCAUGUCGAGUUGCUGCGGAAGAUUGAGAAGGGAGAAGAUCGAAUUCGCUUCCCUGAUGAUAACCCAGCCUCGGAUGACAUCAAAAGGUUGAUUCGGGGUCUUCUGAAACGGAACCCGGUCGAACGACUGAGCUUUCCCGAGUUCUUCAAUAAUAACGUUAUCAAUGAUCCAAUUCCCGGAUUGGUAGCAGAUGACAGUCCGGAGCCACCCCAAUCGCCACGACCAACUCAGCUAGACGCGAGGACCGAAGAAUCACCUUACGAUACCGGACCAGAGGAGAAGUUCACGAGUCCUACUAGUAGACUACCAGCUGCACUGCCCCAAAAGUCUUCAACUCCACCGACUGCAACGCAUAUGCGUCGCGUGGGAAGCGCUGACCGGCCCCCUUCGGGCGUCACUAGGGAGCAACAGCGCGGAGGUACGCCACCUCAACGGCCUGGUCCCGUCAGCCUUGCUACUGCCCCAGGACGUCAGGAGCUCACUGACCGCAAUGCAACGGCGGCGGCUAUGGAUCGGCAAAGGCAUCGAAAUACUUAUGCUGGCUCCCCCAAAGCAAGCGAUUCAAUUGUCCGUGCCCAAGAAGCACGAGAUCUUGCUGCACAAGAAGUGGCUUUUGAGAGAGAUUAUGUUGUUGUGGAAAAACGGGCAGUAGAGGUCAACGCUUUUGCAGAUGAACUCGCCCAUAGCCCACGCUUUCAAGGCGGCCUUUCUCGGCCAGGAAACAUCGCUGGGUCUCGUCGAGCGACUACGCAGGGUAUACCAAUGGUGUCACCGUCUUCCCCGCAUGCCAAUGCUGCCAAAGCCAUGCAGGUUGUUUCCGGCCGUUCACGAGAAGACUCUACCCACCAACGUCAGCAUUCAUACGAGCGUCGGUACGGACAAAGUCCUACGUCCGCAACAUCGGCAAUCUCAAAAGCACUCAACAUGGCCAGUGGUCGUCUGUUUGGAAUGGGCUUCUCACCCCCACUUGCUAUCACUAAGGGAGGGCGAUCUCCCCCUCUAGCCUACAAUCCUUUCCCCGCCUAUCCUACGCAUUCGAGCCUCUUGAUCACCAGAGACGGCGCCAAAACAAACCCGGCCGUCGACGAAGAUUACAGGGCUGUCCAGGAAAUCGAGGAUUGUGCUACUCGUAGUGACGUUGUUUUCGGGUUUGCUGAGGUCAAAUACAAGCAGCUCAUUCCGCUGGCACCCUCGGCACCGACUGACCCAUCCGCGAGACCAAUAGACACAACCAAUGAGCCCGGGUCAGCCGACUUCGAUAACGGGCUGACGGUGGAUGCCAUUGUCACAUUAUCCGAAGAAGCCUUGGUGCUAUAUGUCAAAGCAUUGUCUUUGCUGGCGAAGUCAAUGGACAUUGCUGGAGCUUGGUGGUCACACAAGAACCGGGAAGAAGUGUACGGGGAGUCUCCCACUAAAGACAGCAUGAGCGCGGUUGCCGGUACUCGGAUCAACUACGUUGUGCAGUGGGUGCGCAAUCGGUUCAAUGAAGUCAUCGAGAAGGCCGAAUUCGUGCGUCUAAAGCUCAUCGAGGGACAACAACGGUUACCGCUAGAUCACCCCAGCCAUCCGGAUAACCAUCCCAUUGGCAACACCGCCGGCUCAACCUCUACCGCCGACGUAGUGGUGAGUCCUGGUGUCACAGCAGAGAGACUGAUGUACGACCGCGCACUCGAGAUGAGCCGCGCGGCUGCCAUCAAUGAAUUGACCGGUGAAGAUCUUGCCAACUGCGAGAUCACGUACGUCACUGCCAUUCGCAUGCUCGAGGCUGUUUUGGAAGACGAUGGAACAAGACCCACGCCGAACAGUAACAACGAACGGCAAGGCAGCUCGCAGCCCAGCGAGGGAAUAAAUCUGGAUGAUCUGCAAAUGGAGGAUCGGCAGGUUGUUGCCAAACUCGUUUCCAGCAUGCGAGGCCGCCUCACAUCUGUUCGGAAAAAGCUGGCUCUCUUGUCCAAGCGAUCGUCAGCGCCGGCUCCGACACUGGGCAGUGCGGGAAAAAUACCCUCAUCCACUGUUUCGCCUAUUGCAUAUACUACGGGGGUGACACCGCCUAGAUGA